GAUCCACUUCUUCUUUGCAUGAGCUUACAAUGGCCAUCAUCAAGUUUGCUUUCUUCCUCUUAACUCUCUCUACUCUUCUUCAACCUUAUCAUGCUCGUCAUUUACUUGAUGCAUCUAUGUAUGGAAGACCACCACCGUUUCAGGCGGUGGAGGUGAUUCAGAUGGUGACCGAAGAACUCCGGUCACCUGAUCGUAAGUCGCCGUUUGAUGGCCAGGCGACUUAUGGUCGUGAGGACCCAAAUUCACCACCAUCACCUAAAAGUGCUCCACCUCAAGGCCAGACGACUUACGGUCGGGAUAACCCAAAUUCACCACCAUCACCGGAUGAUGCACCGUCUCAAGGCCAUGCGACUUACGGUCGUGAUAACCCAAAAUCACCACCGUCACCAGAAGAUGCACCGUCUCAAGGUCACCGGGCAUGGUGAAACAAGUAACCAAGUCUUAAAAGAACUAUCAAGUAAAGCGUCACCUACAAUUUGGUAUAACUAAAAUAAUUGUUUAAAGUUAGCCUAGUGGUAUCAAAAUGUUUAAAAAUAAAAUUAUGAAUAUAUUUAGUUUUCCAAAUGUAUUAUAACUCUAUGUCUCUAUGACAAUAAAUUCACAUGUGUUUUCCUAAUGUAUUAUAACUCUAUGUCUUUAUGACAAUAAAUUCUCAUGUGACAUGACAA